GCUUAACACAAGGCCAGUGUUUGGAGGUGUAAGAUCUCGCAUUGGGAUCCAGCAAAAUCUUCUAAAUAGAUCAUCACCAGCUGUCAGCUUCCAGCGGACAUUUGAUGCCCGACAGAAGAUAGGACUCACUGAUGCCCGACACAAACUGGGGGUUAAAGAUGCCCGUGAAAAACUGGUUCAAAAGGACGCUCGGUUCAAAAUCAAAGGGAAGGUUCAGGAUGCUCGAGAGAUGUUGAAUUCUCGGAAGCAGCAAAGCAUUGCUGCUGAAAAGGUGACCAAAGUGGUGGAUGCCAGAGAGAAGAUCAGCUUAAAAAGGAGCGUUCCGGCUGCCAUCAGCCCAACCAUGGGGACAGUAAAUCCAGCCGUGAAAAUCACCAAAACUAUCCAGCAGAAGGCUCCAGUUCCCGGACUAGGAAUGAGGAUCAACGUGGUGAACAACCAUACACACAAACAGGGUCUGUAUGACAUGGAAGAUGAUGAUGAAAGUGUCUCUCCCCUUGCUAGCAAACAGAUGAAAAUCACCACCACAAACAGUUUCCUGCACAACGCGACUGGGCUGAGCGGCAAUAAAUUCUCUCUGUCCAAGACUGUUCCCCUGACUAAAGUGGUCCAGAAUGAUACAUACACAGCUCCACCUGCACCUCCCUCUCCUAUGCGGACGAAGGCCUUGACAAAUAUGUCCCGGACCUUAGUGACAAAGGAGGAGCCUCCAAAAGAACCAACACCUGUUGAGCUGGCAUUCAGUCCUUUGGAAGGCACAAAGAUGACCGUCAACAAUCUGCACCCUCGAGUCACAGAGGAAGACAUUGUUGAGUUAUUCUGUGUGUGUGGCGCUCUGAAGCGAGCCCGGCUGGUGCACCCUGGAGUGGCUGAGGUAGUAUUUGUGAAGAAAGAAGAUGCUAUCACAGCAUAUAAGAAAUACAACAACAGGUGCUUAGAUGGUCAACCAAUGAAAUGCAAUCUUCAUAUGAAUGGGAAUGUCAUCACCUCAGACCAGCCUAUAUUGCUCCGAUUGAGUGAUACCCCUUCAGUCAAGAAGGAAGGGGAACCACGCCGGUCAAGUGCAAGCGCCUCCUCAAAUCCCCCAGCUGAAGUGGACCCUGACACUAUCUUGAAGGCACUCUUCAAAUCCUCAGGGGUCUCUGCCUCUGUGCAGCCCACAGAAUUCAAAAUUAAACUCUGAGAAGGUGGAGCAAGCAGUGGACUGGAAAACUCAUUUAAGUUGGGGAAUGAGAACAGUGCAGGAGUGCAGAUGUUAUUUGCAUUUGCCUGCCUUGAAAUUUUGUUUUCUAUGAUCGCUACCUUACUGUACAAUAGUGUUUCCUCUUGUGUGUGUACUUUCUGUUUUCAUAGUUGGAGUUUUCUUCCAUGAUUCUUUUUUUUUCCCAAAAAAAUAACCUCCCCCUUCUGCCAGUAAUGUAUUACCAAGCAUAUACCAUGUAACUCCCUCCUUUACUCCAAAGCCCCUAGUGGCCAUUAAAAGUGCACAUAGACUUUGAGGGAA